CACAGACCAGAAGGGAGAACAGAGAGAAAGAGAGAGAAGAGAGAGUAAAAACAGCCAGGAAGAAAGUGAGAAAAAGAGAAGAAAUAGUGUGUGUGCAGCACAAUAUUUAGGACCAAAGAAAAAUUCUGGAACAAAGAAUAACUUUCCUUUUUUUUCUUUUUUUCAGUUCCAUGCACACACAAACACAUUCCGGAGCAUCAGUAUGUGUGUGUACUGGGUCUGCCGUCUGGUGUGUGUGCUCUGCUGGGUGUGUGUGUCGCUGUGUGUGACCAGGGAAGAGUACGAGGUAAACUACACCGAUCACUACGACAACGAGAUCACACAGGAGCAACAGAGAGCGGAGUCAACAGAAACACCAUGCCAGGCUGCAGAGUUAACCCGCUGGGAUAAGCUGUUCGUUGCCCUGGAGGACUCCCACAUGAGGCAGAACAUGUUGCUGGAAGCCCUGGAGGACUGCUGCGGAGGGAUGGCCUCCCUCACAGCCAAGGUGGACCGGCUGACGACAGGGACUUGCCAGCAGUGUGUUCCCACCCUGGAGUCAGUGUGCCAGGGUGAGGCGGAGCAGGUGAGGCUGAGGCUGCAGCAAGGCCUAGUGGAGCUCAGUGCGGAGGGAGAGCAGAGGGAGAGGAGGAUCAAUGCAACACUGCAGCAACUCCUGCAGAGCAGCCAGGAGCAGAGCACCCUGCUUGGCAGACUGGAGGCCGAGGAGCAGAGAGGUGAAGAGACGGGGGGACAGUGGCCAUUGGGGCCUGGAAAUGGUGGCAUGGUUCCUGGUUUGGGGGAGGGGCCUAAGGGAACGGGACAACUUGCAUUGAAGCCCGGAAGUUUGGGGGCGGGAUUAGCAGGGAAGCCUGUCCCAUCAAGCCAGAAGAAACAGGAUGUGACAUCUUCAACUGACAUGCUGAAGCUGGAGAGGGCCCUGCUUACCAUCGCAAAGGAGCUGCAGAAGGUGCAGGUACAACUGAGUCUGCUAACGGAAGAAGAGAUGAUGGAGGGAGGAGGGAACAGGAAAAAGAGAGGAUCUUGAGGAGAAGAGAUGGGCUGGUGAUGAAAGGAUUUCAACCUGUUCUGGGAUCUGUAUUUGGGCCUACCCCAGGUACCACUUGCACAUAUCAUACCAUCUUUUAUACAGAUGCAGAAACAUCUGGAAACUGUAGGAGUAUAUUAUAGAACAUACUGUGUAUAUUGUUCUGGAAGUUUGUAUUAUUUCUGUGAGUUUGAGGACUGCAGCUAUAUAUGUUUUUAUGUGGAUAUAAUGAAUAAAGACUCUUCAAAACAUGU